AUGGCAUUUGCGUCUGGUGGAGGUGGUGGUGGUAUUGGUGCAGGAAUGGGCGGCAUAGCUGGUAACUUGGCGCAACCAUCAGCGGCACAAUGCGGCAUACCGUCGUUACGUCCUCAGGAUGCGCAAGCUUUGUCAUCACGUGGAGUGGCAAAUCUAAAUGCGGUAGCUUUAGCAGCUGCGCAAGUUUCUGCUACUCCAAUUCCAGCGGCUCAUCUACUCUACCAGCAGUUUCUUUCAGCUGGAGCUGCUGCAGCACAGUCGCAGUUAAUGCAAAGUGCUGCUGCAGUAUCGCAAGCAGCCGCACUUUCACCUCCUACACCUUUAUUGCCUCAAGCCGCGGCAGCAGCAGCAGCAGCGGCAAAUGCUGUGGCAGCAGUUGCAGCUCAGCAACAAUCAAGUAUUCCAUCUCAACAGCAGCAAGCUGCAGCUGCUGCUCAACCACAACAGCAACAACAGCAAAAUCAGGCAUUUGUACUAGCAAAUGCAGCGCAAGCAAUUGCGAUCAACCAGUUACUACUCCAGCAUAAUCCAUUGCAGCAACAAGUUCAAGCAGCGUUGGCGCAAUUGCUCAAUCCUUUCGCUUACUAUCAGCCGCAUCUGGCAGCACUAUUACAGUCGCAACUCAAUGCUACUAAUCAUGUACAACAACCACAGCAACCUCUGCAGCUUCAAGUACCAAGUGCUAUUGGAACACCAGUCGCUGCUCAACAACAACAUCAGCAAAAAUUAAUUGAUAAUUUGUUGGCAGAACAAGCGGUUCGAAAUUCAGUUCAUGAUAAAAUAGGUGCAUCACAACCUUUAGCAACAGACAAUAGAAAUGUUGGCUUGCUAACAAAUCCGGAAUCAGUAAAGGAGCACAUAUCACGAUUAAUUAGUGAAAAUGAAGCGAUUUUGGAACAAAGUCCGGGUCUUAUAAAGCGGCGUCCAUAUCAUCGGCAAGUGGGGUCGCAGUCUUCUAUUGAACUUGAAACGGGUAUCAGAAGUCAAAGUAAUUCACCAGGACUGCGUGAGAUACGAUUGCAGUGCACACGCAGUCAAUCAUUUUAUGAAUCGCAUAAACCGCUUGCUAUACGGGUUACUGGAGGCUCUUUAACCAAUGGCUAUCCGAUUGUGAAAAUACCUGAUAAAUGUUGUACGUGCAAUUAUUGUGAAUUGAAAUUUCCAAAUGAAGCGGCUCUUGAUGCUCAUGAAAUCAGAUGCAGCAAGCGUGCCGAAAUUAAUUCGCAAGUAAUGUCAUCAUCAUCAUCAUCAGUAAUGGGAGCAGCAAUACUAGGAGGAGGACCCUUAGGACAUUUGCAUAUGAUGCAACAGCAAAAUACUGUUAAUGUUGGAACAGUUGAAAAUGUUGGACGUAAACCGAGCAUCUGUAGUAACAAUGGUAUAACAUCUUCCUCUGCGAAUCAUGAAAAUCGUCAUCCGCUCAAACGUCGUCUUUUAGCAGCUGUAGAACAUCUCGACGAUCCUCAAGCAUCUACAAGCAAAGCUCCAAAAUUAGUAUGUACACAAUUGAAAAUAUUGAAUCACACCUUCGACAAAUCGAUGGUAUUUCAUAUAUAUAAUUUUGUAUUUUAUGUGACAUGUUUAAGACUUUGGUGUAAUGAAACAUCAAAAGCCAUUCUCAAUACUGCAAAUUCAGUUGCUCCAUCAUCAUAUAUUGGACACUGUAAAACGCCCAUAGUUUCGCUGCGAAAUCAUAGUAUUAUCAUUUCUAGUGCUUCAGCUUCUGCUUCAUCUGCUAUUGUACCAAUAACUUGUCAUAUUUCUAGUCAGCUUGUUAUUCCGAAGACGCCGCAGGCAUAUCAGCGUAUUUAUUUAGCAGCAACUACUCCUCAGAAUAUUAGUUCUGUAGCUAACAAGCCGUAUAUUUUAACUUUGAAUGAAGUGUCGUCAUCUCGAAGUGAUGCUACAUCUCGAAGAAGUCGUAUGCGAAAUAUUACUACAGAAACAUUUGCCACUUUAAACAAGCCACAGCCUAUGUUCUGUGAACAUAUACCCAAGUUGAGCAUGUACAGCAAUUGGCAACAGAGUACCGUAGAUUCUGAAGAAGCAAAGUUGAACCUACUUUAUAUAAGUACUUGUUCUACGAAACCUCGUAUGGGUGUGAAGCAGUUAUGGAGGUAUACUACGGCUUUGCGUGAAAUGAGUGUGCUGAAAGUGACACAUUCUUCGUUUUGGGACUACUCAACUAAAAUACGUUUACGUCAAAAUGCAGCAGUUGUUGUUACAACGGGAGCUCCAAUAAAUUCGCAAGCCGUAAUUGCUGCUUUCGUGCAAGAUCGCCCCUCAACAGCAACAUCAACGUCAAGUGUUUCGAUGAAUGUCGUUAGCAGCUCUGCUAUACCGUUAAAAAACAUUCAGAAAUCAAAAGUUGGAAACGAUAUGAACGUUAGUAAAAGGAGAAAUCUGGUGGAAAUAGAAAAGGAUCAGAAUGUUUUACCCACUACGGAAGUGGUGUGCAAACAGUCGCAGGGUAGUGGAGUUGAAAAUGAACUAUCAAAAACUUUGUCGCAAAAAAUAGUAGGUGGUUAUUUUUCGGAUGAAGUGUAUGUUUAUGUUCGUGGCCGUGGACGUGGUCGAUAUGUCUGUGACCGUUGUGGAAUACGUUGUAAGAAGCCGUCAAUGUUAAAAAAGCACAUUAAAUCCCAUUUGGAUAUACGACCGUAUGGUUGUAAGCAGUGUAACUUUAAUUUCAAAACAAAAGGGAAUCUGACAAAGCAUCUGCAAUCCAAAACACAUCACCGUCGAAUAGCUGAAAAAGACAAUCAAAAAAUAAUGGAUCAAGAUUCUGACAGUGAUCAUGACCGAUUAGAAAUAGCUAGUCUCAGUGGCACAGCUUCAACAUUCAGCAAUGAUCCAUUAUCGGAUGAUGACUGUUCUUCUGAUGAGGAAUUGCGACCACCUUGUGAUGAAAGCAAUACGGAUAUGUAUAGAAAAUUUGGCCAAGAAAAUACGUUAGUGAAACGAAUGGCUCAUACACCACCAACAUUAUGGAUUGUGGGCGAGACACUUUCUGACUGGCCACAUCCGAAUCAUUUAAGGUCAUGUCAUAGCGCACCACCUAGUGCGCAAUAUCCAGCGGAAAAUCGAAAACAGCCAAAUACAUUAGACACGAAUUUUUUGCUGAAAAAAGACUCUAUCGACGAUCAAAAAUUAUCAAUGUGUAAUGCAGUAGUAGCGGAAACUAUAGCACCUACCACAAGUGAUUCUAUAUCAGUGUCGUCUUGCGUAGCAGUUCAUCAACGUUCAGUUGGGGCAUUUUUGGCCAAAGAGACGAUCAUAUGUGAUAUCUGUAAACGCGCGUUUCGGAGCUGGACUGAAAUGUCAUUGCACCGUAAAAUUCAUUUGAUUGGACCAUCAAACUCACGUGUACGCUCCCACCAGUGUACGGAAUGCAAACAAGCAACACGUACGCGCAGUGCUUUAAACAAACAUAUGGAAGAAAAACACGGAAUAGUUGAAGUUUUAUCUAGUGAGCAGCAAUCUACUGUUUCUGAUAACGAAGACACGAAUGCAAAUUUGUCAUCAAUGAAUCCACGAUCAUUUAUGUGCGCUGAUUGUAACAUCGGUUUUCGGAAGCAUGGCAUUCUCGCUAAACAUCUUCGUUCCAAAACGCAUAUAAUUAAGUUGGAAAGUUUACGUAUUAUUCCAGAGGAUUCGCUUUCACUCAUAACACGCAAAGAGGGAGGUGCAUACUUGAAUGAAAUUGACACAACAGACUGUGAUCGUGCAAGACAAAGUAUACUCGGGAUUAUAUCUUCUUUACGAGAUUCAAGUGCUUUGGAAUGUCGUGAACAAAUGGUACAAUCGCCGGUACCACCUCAACAUACUACUGUAAAUAACAAUUGUAGCGUUGCUAAUAAGAACAUUACUAGUAACUUUUCCAUUCAGCGGUUAAAAAAGCAACGUUCUCCUGCUCUAUCUCCUCAGUCAUUUAAUGAAAAUAAACGAUUACUUUGUGAGCAGCAGCCUCGGUCAAAACGGCAUGAUGUCACAUCUGCAAAGGCAUCGACAGAAAUGUCAUCUAGAAAAUCUAAUAAUAAUAUCUCUCAACAGCGCAAAGCAGUAACUGAUGAUCUGAAUGGGAAAUCAAUUUCUGCAAAUAUAUGGAUACCACCAAAGCUUGAUACGAACUCGGCAUCUUUACUUUCAGUCAUGGCUGAUCGUCGUUCAGUUGAUAUAGUUAGUCGUUUAGCAGUUGAUCCAGCUAAUCUCUCUGAUAAUGGUUCAUCUGCACGAUCUGAUGAAGCGAACAGUGAAGGUGCAGGACGGAGUGAAAGCUCAACACCAACGCAACGCAUUUUAGCUGGUACAGCUCCAUCUCCGCUUUUACCCGUUUCAACGAGAUGCAACUUAUGUGAAAUCAACUAUGAAUCAAGCUUUGAAUUGCAGGUGCAUCUUCAUGCUGAUCAUGUAGUUCUUCGUGAUGGAAAAGACUUUUGUUGUCCUAAGAAACAUUGUGAUAAAGUCUAUCCAACUCGCGACAGUCUCAGACAACAUAUUGCUGCUCAUUAUUUAUUAAGUGGUGCUGUUACGCCUUUGCCUGAUAGUCGUGAUGAAAUUGAAGGUGCUAUUACUGUGUUAUCAGAUGCAAGCACAGAUGCUAAUGCAGCUUUACAUCGUAAAUUAACCGGUUUAGCUCUUGGGCAACAUGCAAAUUCUGCACCAAAUCACAGUCCAAAUGCACCGGAAGAAUCUCAUACAACUCUUCCUAAAACAAUCCCUCCUGCUUCUUCUACAUUGAUUAUCAAUGGUAAUACAAAACAGCGUCCAGCAGUGAGAAUAAAUGAAGUUGAGAAAUCUAAUGGAUGUAGUAGUAUUAUGGAUGUGAUUGUCAAGGAUCAGAGACGAUCAAAGACGACUCAGUUACCGGUGACAUCCACUUCGUUACUUGGUAAUGCCGUCGCUGCACCAGCAGCUUUACCAUGUGCCAUCUGUGGGCAAUCAUUUCCUGACGCAUUUGUAUUGCAACGACAUUGGCUUUCACAUGUUUGUGAUCGACCAUAUAUUUGCAAGCAGUGUGAUGCAGGAUUUACUACAUCUGAAGCAUUGAACACUCAUACGUUGACACAUCAGAUCAAUCGGACAGAACGAUGA